AUGCAGAUAGAUCGGCAAAGAAACAAAGUAGCCAAGGCACAUGACGUGCCUAGGAAGUCAUAUGUUCCGGACCCAAGUGAUUAUCCGGAUACAGAGGACAACCCACCGGGCAGCGACGAUUUCUAUCGAGGUGAGGGGCCCCUCCGCAUCCGAGUCUAUCGAGGGGAGGGGCCCCUACGGAACUUUGCGUACGGGGAAACUUUCGACUUCAUCGGAGGCGAUGAGGGCGACGACAUCCCUCCAUUCACAGGAAAGACGAAAACUGGUAGCCACAGGUCACGAACGCGCGCACCAUCACAAAUAGGCGACGGUGGUGAGUUGGAAGCGAUGAUGCUAUCUUACUCGUAUGACUACUCCUAUGAGCACGCAGACACAGCACUUGUUGAGGUAGCUCUCGUGGAAUCAUCUCUUGUACUGGAGAACGUCUCCAUGGACAAGCUGGGUAACACAGAAACAGUAUUGUUUGGGGAAACAGUUUCAGCCAUGCUAUCCCAUUUCAAUUUGUAUUCAACUGAGUGCUACACGGUCAUAUCGACGAUCAGCGGUCCGCGUGUCAAGAUGACAUUCACUGUGGAAAUUGUCGUGCACCACGAUAAUGCAGACCCAGCGACAGAUGACUGGCGCGGGAUUCUCAGUGAGCAGGUCCAAGCAACCUUGACCAAAGCCCUUACCGCCGGUGAGUUUUCUGCGACAUUUGCUGCUGCUGCUGAGGAGUCAUCAUCGACCUACUUCGCGGAUUUUGGGACACGGGACUUGUACAAUAUCAUUGAUAUUGAUUCCUCAGCUGCUUCUAUCGCUGCAAACACAAGGAUUAUCCGUUAUUCUGGAAAGGAGCUCCUCGUACCAACGAGCCCACCGUCACCUUCAUCCACCCUGGAGGUGGUUUCGACAGCGAUGCGCUAUGAUGCCUCCUUGGACGUGCAAACCUCGGGUUACUCCACCGUCUCUGGGCCCUCGCUUUACCCGUGGGAUUACAUUGUUGAGCCACACAAGACGACAACCAUCCGGUUUCGCGACGCAUGUGAUGGAGACGGACAUCUCUUGGACAAUACACGCACGCCAGUUUGGAGUGUCACCUUCCAAGGAACAGACACUCGACGUGUGAAUCGAGGCGCAGGCGGCAAUGCGAGUCCCGCACGUGCACAGCACCGUAUGCUCAGUGAUCUAGCCCCUGAAAUUGCGCCACAGGUCCUGAUAUCACGGUCUGAGCGCGGCUGUGAUGUCGACCUCAACUUUACACAUGUCUCACAGAUCUACGAUCUCACCAUCGAGCUGCCAAACUCCCGGCAAGUUGCCGUCGACACUCUUACUGACGUAGACACAUACGUAGCUACUUUGAUGUGUAAAUACGUACGUCGGGAGAUGCGAGCGGUGACAUCCGAUGACAAGAAUCGCUACCUUGAGGCAAUGCGCAUUGUGUCCACAACGCCCCUCGACGAGGGCCGCCGCCGCUUUGGAAGCAAGUUUGCGAAUCUGGAAUAUUUUGCAGUCAAACACAUUCACACUGAGGAGUGUUCUCCGUUUCACGGAGGCCUCAGUUUCAUCACAUCCCAUGCCGCUUUCACCUUGGAGCUCGAGCAGGCACUGCAGUCCGUGGACGCCAGAGUAACACAGCCAUACUGGGAUUACACUCUUGAUGCAGCUUUACUUGGCACCGAUUGGGAUUCUGCCGCCGUCUUCUCCAAUGACUGGUUCGGCUCAGCUCAUCCAGGCGGUCCAGACAACACCGUGGCCUCGACUUUCUUCCAGGAAGUCCCUGUGCCCACUAAUUUCUCAAGGCCAGUGCGAAAUUCUUAUGGCCGUGUUACCUCUACGAUCAAUAACGAUCCUUCACAUUUUGUCACGCGUGCUCAUACAUUCUGUGGCCUCCCUAUCACGAUGCCCCUCCCCGGUUGUCCCGAAAUGAUCGGAUGUCUCAAAGCCGAGAAUCUUCCAGAUCUACACAAGUGUAUGGAAGACGAGCUGCAUGGCGACCUGCAUGCCAUCCUUGGUGGUUCCUGGGACUGCGCCUACGAAAUAGCUGAAGUUGUGAGCCUCAGCGCAAAUCAUUCGGACCUGAUGCUCACACAAGAUCUCGCCAAUACCUACGUAUCCGAAUACCAGAAGCUUCUCGGCGAGAUUGGCUGCAAGGCUAAGCCUAUCUGGAACAAAAUGUGGAACAAAAAAUUCAUGAAGUGUCCUCUUUACUGUAGCGAAGACACUGCCUUUUCAAACUGCUCAUGUUCCUGUCCAAGUCUUGAUCAUGUUGAGAUCAGUGUUGCGAAGCUGUCGCCGGAAGAGAAAUGGGGAAUUCUCGAGGAUGUAGGAGCGUCAGGCUACAUCCACAAACUUUUUACAGAAGUAGAGACAAAGCAGCCAGGCACGACCAAAUACUUUUGGGAGGUGACCAUUGGCCAUCAAGGGCUUGAUCGUUUCCUUGGCUGGUACCUCAAAUUUGCAUGCCAUGCGGGUAAGCUAGGGGCGAUGGUCACCUACAGUGCAAUAUAUUUUUGUGUAGUCGCAUGCGUGUUGAGGUGUUCUCUGCGUUUGACCCAAGGAGCCCAGUCCUUCCCUACGUUUACGAUACGUUCAAUUCCGAGCAUUUUUGGUGUCCCCUUUGAUUUCCCCGGCAUUGCAUCCGAGUCCCAGAUUGCGAAGGUGUUACGCCUGACUUUAACUCUUCCUCUAAGGCCAGUCUUUCUAGCCGCUCGGCUUGUUGUGCUCGAGCUUGGCAGAGGAAAAGGCAGAUCUGGCAAGACAAGACAGCGUUUCAUACCUGGAGCGAAUGCUCCUAGUCUUUACUACGACAGAGUGCCAAGGGAGAAAAGCCUGACUAGGUCAUUGGGAAACAAAGAGAGGGAGAGAUUUGCAGUAAGGCAAGUCUGCAUUCUUUGCAAUAACAGCGACGGUGACGUUAACCAAGGUAAAUAA